AUGGGAGUUCCCCGCAUGCCAACUAAUACGACAAAGCUUCGCACCACCUCAAACAGCUAUCUCCAACCAAGCAACAAAUAUCCAGCGUUAGAUACAAUGUCCCUCCAAGGCAAAGUCUACGCCAUCACUGGCGGUGCAAGCGGCAUCGGUCUCGCAACCGCCAAGCUCCUUUCCUCGCGCGGGGGCACCGUUUGCAUAGCCGACGUCAACCCGACCACUCUCGCCGAAGCAGAAUCCUAUUUCAGCUCCAAGACACCCGUCGUCCAAUACACAAUCACUCAAGUAGACGUCUCCAACAGACAACAGGUCGAUUGUUGGAUCGCGUCGAUCCUAACGAAAUACCAGCGUCUUGACGGCGCCGCCAAUAUCGCAGGCAUAGUGGGGAAGGACCACGGCGUCAAAAGCGUGGCAGAGCUCGACGAUGACGAGUGGGAUCGAAUACUCGGCGUUAAUCUCACGGGGCUGAUGUACUGCCUUCGCGCGGAGCUUAAGAAUAUCGCUAAUGGCGGGUCGAUUGUUAAUAUGGCCUCUAUCCACUCAACUACAGGCGUCCCGAAAUACGGUGCCUACGCGGCAAGUAAGCACGGAGUGCUCGGCCUCACCCGUGUCGCAGCCAAGGAGAACGGUCAUCGCGAGGUCCGCGUUAACGCCGUUGCUCCCGGUCCGAUCUAUACCCCUUUAAUGCAGGGGCAGUGGGAUAGAAUCGGCCGGCCUUCAGAUGCCCCUUUUGAUGAUCCGAUUGCGUUCCGACGGCAGGGGACGGCUGACGAGGCGGCGAAUGUAGUUGUUUUCCUGUUGAGUCCGGAGAGCUCGUUUGUGACCGGGGCUUGCUAUUCGGUGGAUGGGGGGUGGAUUUGAUGGUUUCUUGUGAUUAUUUCUCCAGUUAUCGGUCCAUGAUGAUCUAGUUAAGAGCUACUUCUUGGUGGUCAGCGUUGAGUAGGUUAGCGAAGAAUCAAGGCUUGCAGUUCG